GCAAACCAUCCGCCUUCAUUAUAAGGACCAUGAUGGGAAUCUACGGUAGCGCUGCUGCACAGAUAUCUAACCAACAUGAACGUCUUUACGCGUCAAAGGGGACAUGAUCGCCGCGCGCCCGUUUAUCGCCCGUUUACGAUCGAAGAAGAAGUGACCUUCUCCGAGGCGGAGGAUGUCAGCCCUGAAAAAGACCAGAAGUUUACAUCUUGGUCCCCACCUCGAAAGGUAAAUGAAGGCAGACGUGUCGCCUCUGCCAGGAACAUGAAGGGCUUAUCAGGCAGUCGUUCCCAACAUCAUAUUCCUUUAUCUCAUGGUUUGGACUACGAUCCCCACGUUCAUGACUUCCAUGGCCACCAUGGCUCUGACUCCCGCCACCCAUCAUACCUGCUCAGUCCCACAGAGAGCUGCCCUGUGGACUUUCACCACCGGUACUCACCCAGGAGCUCCAUCCACUCCGACUGCAUGAUGAUGUCCCCUGUCAUGAUGCCCCCAACAGCCGCAUCUGACCACAUCUCCAGCAGUACCUUCCCCAGAAUGCACUACAGCUCUCAGUAUUACGACUCUGCCACACGGGAAGACUGUGCUGCCAUUACAGCCUCUGCCACCUCACCUGCUGUUGCUGCUGCAGCAGCAGCAGCUGCUGCCUCCUCCCACCAUGCCGGCACCAAAAGCAAUCGCCUUCCAGCUAAUCUGUUAGACCAGUUUGAGAAGCAGAUGCCCCUCCACCGCGAUGGGUUCCACACGCUACAGUACCAGCGCACCUCUACAACCACUGAGCAACGCAGCGAGAGUCCCGGCCGUAUCAGACACCUCGUUCAUUCUGUUCAGAAGCUCUUCACCAAGUCCCACUCCUUGGAGGGGUCAUCAAAGAUGAAUGGCACAAAGGCUGAUAUUGUUGGAGGAGGAGCAGGGUCUUAUUACCACCAUGGUCAUCACUCCACAAAACACGGGAGCAAGAGGAGCAAAAGCAAAGACCGUAAGCACCGUUCGGGAGGUUGGUGGAGCUCCGAUGACAACUUGGACAGUGACAGCACCUACCGCACACCUAGUGUGAUGUCAAGACACCAUGGGGAACAUGUCAGCCACUGCUACCCAGACUCCAUGCAUAGCCAUCACUUUGGACAAAUGUCGCUCAAGGGCUCCAAGAGUAACAAUGAUGUCAAGUGCUCAGCCUGUGAAAGCAUGGCUAUGGCACCUGAGGGCAAAUUUAUGAAGAGGAGCUCCUGGUCGACACUAACAGUCAGCCAAGCCAAGGAGGCCUACAGGAAGUCAUCACUUAAUUUAGACAAACCCAUGAUGCACACAGACCUCAAAACAUCUCGAGCAUGUCACUACCUUCAGGUGCCCCAAGACGAGUGGAGUGGAUACCCAGAUGACAAAGACGAGGAGAUUCCAUGUCGCCGUAUGCGGAGCAGUAGCUAUGUCAAAGCUAUGGGUGAGCUGGAGGAUGAAAGUGGAGACUCCGACACGAGUCCUAAGACUUCUCCACAGGCGGCCAUUCGUCCUGAUGCUCUUGUCCUUAAAUCAGCCAUGCAGAGACCGCAUUUAGACUCCCAAAGCCAGGGUUACCACUUGCAAACCAGAGAUUUGCGACCCCACCCAAGUGUCACGCUGGAUCCUGCCACCUCAUUCCAUCCUCCUCCUUUUCGCUCUCGCAACCAGAGCUACAUGCGUGCCGUCAGCACCCUCAGUCAAGCUAGCUGCGUCAGCCAGGUGAGUGAGACUGAGAUCAAUGGCCAGUUUGAGUCAGUUUGCGAGUCCGUUUUUAGUGAAGUAGAAUCCCAGGCCAUGGAGGCCUUGGACCUGCCUGGCUCGUUCCGCACUCGAAGCCACAGUUACCUCCGUGCAAUUCAGGCUGGUUAUUCCCAAGAUGACGACUGCUUGCCUUCAAUGACAUCCUCCACUGUCACUUCAACUCUCAGAUCCACAACAGGGAUUCAGUUUCGUCUCCCUACGUCAUGCAGUGUGGACCGCGCUCAACCACCUCCAGCGGUUUCAUACCCUCCCAGUUAUAAGAAGACCCCACCUCCUGUGCCCCCUCGCACCACCACCAAGCCUCUUAUUUCUGUGACAGCCCAGAGCAGCACAGAGUCCACCCAGGAUGCCUACCAGGAUGGCAGGCAUUCCCGAGGUGGUCUGUGGACCACGGAUAGCCUUGGCCGCCCCAUCUACAGCUCAACAGACAGCCUGGACAGCACCAAGGCGGUCACAAUGGCCAUGGACACAGCAGCGGGAAAGAGACAUGCGUUGGUGGGAAGUCACACCUCUGUCCAGACAUGUGACAAGGCCGUCCUUGUAUCAAAGGCUGAGGAGUAUCUCAAAACCCCACGUUCCUCUAUUGGUAUACAGGUGGAGACUGUGACAGACUCUGAGGCUGAAAGUAAGGGCCUUCCACAGUUUCACUCUAUAGGGAUCCAGGUGGAGGACAGGAAGCGGCAUGGAAGGUUCAAGCGUUCCAACAGUGUGACCACUGCAGUUCAAGCAGACUUGGAGCUGGAAGGCUUUCCUUCCAUGGAGGACAAAGGCCUGCAGUUCGGUGGCGCCUUCGGCCGGCACUCUGAGCCAAGCACACCAACCCAGUAUGGAGCCAUCCGAACCGUUCGCACGCAGGGCCUUUUUAGUUACAGGGAGGACUAUCGGCCUUCCAGCGGGCCCCCCAGCCCACAGCCUGAACCCUGGUUGGUGGAACCCAGCCUGGAGAGCACCGACUCAGGCCGAGUGUCCCCCCACCGGAGGGACGGCGGUUGGUUCAUGCAGCUCCUUCACAAUGAAACCAAGAGGCUGGAGGAGUGGUGCAAAGAGAUGGAAAGAGAGGCAGAGGAGCAUGACCUGUCAGAGGAGAUCCUAGGAAAAAUCCGUAGUGCAGUUGGAAGUGCCCAGCUACUAAUGUCUCAAAAAUUUCAGCAGUUUUACUGGUUAUGCCAACAGAAUCUGGACCCCAGUGCCAUGCCUCGACCCACAUCUCAGGAUCUGGCUGGAUUCUGGGACCUUUUACAGCUUACAAUUGAUGACGUCACUGCCAAGUUUGAUGAGCUGGAGCAGAUCAAGAGCAACCAGUGGCAGCUGGUUGAAAGCCCCGAGAAGAAGGAUCAAAAGUGGCCACCGCCUCUGCCAAAGAGGCCAUCGAGGGGACGUGGAGGCGUGAUGCGGGAGCGCUCUCUCGACCUCCAGGAUCGCCAGCGUCAGGAAGCCCGAAGACGCCUCAUGGCUGCCAAACGAGCAGCUUCUUUCAGACAGAACUCAGCCACGGAGAGAGCGGACAGCAUUGAGAUCUACAUCCCAGAGGCCCAAACACGGCUUUGAGGUCCACACAAUCAUUCUUAGCUCCUGCGGUCCAUCUCCAUUAGACACCAGCGUGUUGUGGCACAACAUCUGCCCCUCAUGUCCUUCAAUCAUUUUAUAUGUUGGCCUUCCCCUGGCUUUCCUGUUAGAACUACACUGGGAUUUUAACAAAAUAUUUUUUUAUCAGCAUGACUUAAACUAGUAAAGAAUGAUGAAAGGAAAACAUACAUAAGCCACUUUUUGAACCCCCAACUGUCUGUAAUUCACAAAAGAUCCAAGACUAAACCAUUUUUUCAAUGAUUUACAAAGCAUUCUUCAUUUUAAAGUCAGCCAGAAUUAUUAGCUAAGGGGCUUGGUAAUAUUUGUACAAAUUAUACGUUUGCCAAGUGUAUCUUAAACUACAGGGAUCAGACUUUUUUAGAGCUUUUAUUUUGCUUUCUUUUUUUUUUUAUUUUGGUCCUCCUAAAUUUUUCCUAUACCUAAACACAUGUUUUGCAGUCAAAGGAAUAAAGUGCAACAUUUUCCUUAUAACCAGCAGCAAUGCUUUUUGGCUAAAGCAUCCCAUCUUUAUCUUAUGUUAGUCAAAAGUUUUUAACAGUUUUUUUUUUUAACAAUAUCGAUUUAAUAUUGUGCUUUUUCCAUUCUUUUUUAAAGAAUAAAUCCUUAAUAGUUGGCUUUUUCAAAUAAAGCAAACAGCUUGCCACUUUUGAUGUUGCCACACGUAUUUUUGUUUGCCUGCAUUUUAACUAGGAGUGCUGGGGCUGUUAACCAUUGCUGCUGGUUAAGAUGUAAAAAAGAAAAAAAGGAUGAAGAAUUCCCAGGCCAUUAUUCCCACAUUAAGUCAUUUCCAGACCUGCAAUACCAUUCAGCCUUAGGACUUUUUAAAAGAAAAUGUGUAAAUGACAAGCUCCUGUCCACAUUUCCUCUGCAGAACAAAUAUGAAUUAUAAAAAAAAGACUUAGACAGCCUUUUUCAAACAAUGCAUUUGCACCUUAUAAUAUUCAUGUUUGUAUUUCCAAGGGAAAUGUAGUUUAUGAUGCUCACAUGAUAUUGUUGCAGUUGAAUUGCAAGAACAGAGAUGAAAAAUUUACUACAGAAUUUCAUAUAUGAAUAUAUAGAGGUUGUACAAAUUGCACCUUGUAUCCUUUUUUAACGGUGUUCAUGCCAGUCCAAUAAAACUAUAUGAUUCUAAAAAUUUUAUUUCUACUUAGAGUAUAAAUCAUAUGACCCUAUUCACAGUUUAUGUUAUCAUUUAGUAUUCAUAGUAAAUAAGAGGUAUUAUUUGAUUUGACAGAGCAUCUGUCUGGUUUUAAGGGAGCAUUUCUUAGCCGAACGUUUCCAUUCUGCACAGCAUCUGGCCUUAUGUUCUCAUUUUGAUCUGCUUGUGUAGUUCUAGGGAAAAAACAGGUGCAAAUGACACUUUAACAGUAUUUAGUUACUAUAAUGAAUGGUGCUGCUUUUUACUCUAAAACUGUUGUCCCUCGCCCAGUCCUGCAUGCACACACACACACACACAAAAAAAAAUACUUUUUAAACUGAGAUUUAUGAACAUGGUGCCCACUGUCUCCCUAAUGGUAGAGUGUGACGUUAAACACAAUACUUUUUGAAAUGUUCUUGCUUACAGUGAAUCAAAUGAGGAUACAGUUUUAUAGUGAUUGUUUCCGAGAAAAUAAAGAGUGUUAAUGAGAAUAUUACAAUCACUGAAUGAGGGGGAAACAGGUUUGACAUGCCAACAGCUUUUAAAUAAAAUUAAGAAUACAACAUUGUUCACGUUUUAUUUAUUUUUUAUCACACUUUUUGUUGCAUUCCCAUUUAUCACCAUCCGUCAACCUAACCCUGGGUGAAUAAAACAAAUGCUGAUAUAGCCACUAGCAUUAUGGGGAAUCGAAGUGUUUCCGUGUUUUAAUCUUAACAUGUAGGGGAGAGCAGUCUGUGUUCUCUGAAUUACUGUAGGUGGUAACACAUUGAGAGAUAUUGUGACAGAUUUUGUUUUCCCUGCAAUAAGGCUAAACACAAGUUGGACUUUUUUACUCCAAGGUGAGCGUGUUAAAUGCGAAACUUUUACCUUAAGGCCUUACCAAAGCAGUUAUGAAUGUAAAGAUGCUGCUGAUGCAAAAGAAGUUAUCCUUGGAGAUUAGCAAUUGCUAAAAUAAAUUACAUAUGAAUACAAUGGAAUAACAGGGUCUUUUAAAUCUUUUUUUUUUCUAAAGCAGGUUUUUCUAGAGUUGAUUUUUAGUAUAAAACAUGGCAACCAGAAUGAUUUCUUUUCAAUAUGUCCAACUUUGUUUCAUUCAUAGAAUGAGGAUUUGAGGCUGGACCCGCAACCAAGUGCAGUUUAAAUGUCACAUUAAUACAUGUAAAGAUUAGAAUCCAGUUAACAUUAACUUUCAGUUCACAACAACAGCUAAUACUAAAUGGGAUAAACUCCUUAAAAAAAAGAUCUAGA